AUGACCACCCCGGACGAUGGAUCCACCGCAAGAGAGAACACAAGCUCAGGGGUUUCGUGUAGUCUGACAGACUAUAUACAAAAGCAUAAUGUGUAUACCACUCUGCAGCUCGCAAUGCAGUCGCUCAUUAAGUAUCAACCUAAAAGCCCGCUAAAAUAUCUGAGUAGCUACUUCGGUGAUCGCAAGAAGAACCUGUUUAAGCUGGUACUUUUGGGGGCCCCCGGAGCCGGCAAGGGUACACAAGCAAAACAUCUUGUUUCCAAAUAUUCCUUGAAGCACAUCUCUCCGGGGAAUUUGCUUCGAGAGGAGAUGAACCGUAAUUCUCCCAUCACUGCUCAAAUAAAGGAUUACGUAUCCAAGGGCCAACUAGUGCCUGACAGCAUAGUUAUUAAACUCAUCGAAAAUCACAUAGCAACCAUCGGUGACUCCAAUUGGCUUUUGGAUGGAUUUCCCCGGUCUGAGUCUCAAGCUGCGGCGCUCAGGGCAUCUCCUGAUCUCUUCCCUACCCAUAUUGUAGAGCUUAAGGUUGAUCAGGAGGCAGUGGUCCAGCGUUUAGGUGGCAGGCGCUUUGACCCCAUCACAGGGAACACCUAUCACAUUAUAUAUGACCCCCCACCACCGGAUAUUGCUGAUCGUGUGGUGGUGAGGACCGACGACAGAGAAGAUGUCAUUCGUGAGCGAUUUAGGGUUUAUGCUGAGAAUAAAGACUUGGUUGAUAAGGUCUUCAAUCACUCAGUAGUCAGUAUAAACUGUGAGGGGCAGACGAUUGAUGAAGUGUCUCUUCAACUGGAUAGGGUACUUUCAAUGCCGAGCACGAUACACCCAUCCAUUAUUAUGCCUGAAAGAAAUAAGAAGUAA